AUGCCAGACGCGACAGACUUCCUCGGAGGUUUUGUCGCAGGGACACAGUUCAUGAUGGCUAAUGGCGAAAGACGUGCCAUCGAAACAAUAUCCGUGGGCGACCAGUUGAUGAAAGAUGAUGGAACAUCUGUAGAAGUCACUGCUGUGCCUCGUAAGGUCACCGAAACUGUAACGAUUGAUCAAGCUACAAAGCAUACCGCGCAUAAGAAAGAUCCGACUCGCUCACCUCCAUGGGGAGUCUUCAAAUUCACUUGCGCAAAACGUCAGUCAUUCAAAUUUGCGACUUUUCAAGUCAAGAAAGACUAUGAAAAAAAAAUCGGCAAAAGAAUCGUCAGUAUUCACAUAGAGGUGCUUACACGAACCAGAGAUGGGCGAGAGAUUACUUUAGUCAAGACUAGAGACAAGAUCUUUAGGCCUCGCGGUGAUGAGGCUGUGGCAGCGCAAUACAUUGCUGAAAAAAUGGAUCCGUACCCGGAUAAUGUGAUAUAUUGGGAUUGUGAACUGGCUGAUUUGGAAUACUUGACCGCUGCACCAAAAACCUCAACUUAUUUAAGCUUUUAUCCGCUCGUUUUUGAAAAGCCUGUUUUGCUGCCAUGGUUAGAGGAGCAUUUUAAGCGUGACGUAUCAGGCAAAGACUUGGAAGGUAUGGCAUGGUUACUUGGAUUUUGGGUUGGGAAUGGUUUCAAAAGAGGUCCAAUAUUUGCGUUGCACUCUGAAGAUCUUGAUGUGAGUGGCCGCUUGAAUCUAAAUGCCAAAUUGUGGGGCAUGGAUUUGAUUAUCAAGAAGGUAGGUCCAAGCGAUAGCAAGAAGGCUAACGGUUACCUGCACACCUACAGUGGGACCCAACGCAACUUGUAUCACCAGAGUCCAAUUUGUGAAGUUUUGUCUGGGUUAGGAUUUUGGGAAAAUGGACGUAGAGGAGCAGCUAAAAAAGUUCCAGACUUUGUCAGAAUUGAUCAAAGAAUCGUUCGGGAAGCCUUUUUGGCUGGUUUAAUUGAUUCUGAUGGCUCCACACGCAUUCAGGAUAAUAAAAUAAGGGUAAAAAUCGUGACAGUGCUACCUCCGGUUCGGGAUGCAAUCAACUCUAUAGCGCGCUCAUUAGGUUUGAAUGUGACUGUCUACUUUUAUCACGAACGAGUGCACAGGCUGGGAUACCACGAGAGUGAUGCGUGGACAUUCAAUAUCCUUGGAGGUCUUAAUCAAGACAUUUUGCAGAGUAUUUUGAAUCGGUGCUCCUGUGAAAGGAAAAAAAACCCGCCAAUUCAAUACACCAGAACUAGGGAUGUUGAGGAGUUUGAGGAUCAAGGUGAUCAGGAAAAUCAAGAAGAUCAAGAUGAUCAAGAGGAUUCCACUGUAUCAAACUCUAUUAUGGACGAUCCAGAAACUGCAGAGUUGGAAAAUGUUACUCCAGACUCUUACUUCGAGGAGCAACAAGGUACUACUGAUGGGGACGUUUUUUUGAACCCAAAUAGAGUAAAUUUUAAAACAGGGAGCACUGUUGAGCAGGAAGUAAUUGGUUUGAUAUGCUCUCAUGAUUGUCACCUUUUGACCUCCGAUCAAAUAGUUGUGGGAAGUUCGAAGUUGAUGACCGAAGGGAGCGAUGUCCGAGUGGGAGCCGUCACGACUUGCGAAUCGUGUGAAAGCACGUCGUCGGACCAUUGGUAUCCAUUGCCAUGGGACAGGUUGACGUACCGGCGCCUAUGCCGACAAUGUUCACGCAGCUUGAGCGAGCUGUUGUUGAAAUGCUACAAACAUGACUGCAAUCACAUUCUGAAAAGGUCUCAUCUUGCUUCAUUCAGAAGAUCAGGGACUGCCAAAAUAAGGAGACAAAUCAGAGGAAACCAGGUUGCAGAAGGAUACCCUUGCACCAAAUGCGGAGAUGGAAUUUACCUAAAAGUUCGUAAAAACGACAGGUCACAACAGUAA